GUGGAAGCGUCGCGACGCUUUUCAGACCGCGCCGUAGCCCGGAGCCGAGGGAGCGCGGUUGCUGCGCAUGUUCGUCGGAUCAGCGCGCGGCCCCUCGUGUGGCGGUCAGCCCGGCCCCUGGUGGGGGUGAGAAACGUGCUCGUCACCCUCGAGGAUCGCCUCGAGAGACUCAGUAAGCGCCGCGAGUUCGACGUGGCCGGAAGCGUCUCGUGGCUUCCUCGAUCCCAGUGUCUGAUCAGCUUCCCGUCGCGCGCUAUCCUCCUGCAUACCCUAACCCAGUGAUAAAUCCUCGAAUUUCGGAAGAUACAAACGUGCAACCGAUUCUGAAGGCAGUUCGAGGUAGACGGAUAGUCUGCGGGAGCUAGACGAAGCCGGAGUGAAUAGAUCGAUCGCAUUUCAAGAGGAUCUGUUUCCUACGGUGACCACUGAUUGGAGAAUAACCGGUAAUGCGUGCUGCGAGGGACAAGCCGCUGGAGCGCGUCUGCUCCCCGGGAUCAUCGGUCCGCUUCGAUUGGCUCCUUUGAUCAUUAAAAUCGGACGAGCUCGGGACAGUCCGACGGGAGAAGUAAUUACGUUAAAAGGACUUCGGGGUUUCGCGAAGCCGCCGGUCCCCCUUUCGCUCUCUACUCCGUUGGGGGAUCAACUCUCAUCCCUCGGUCUUGGGGUGGACCGAGCCGGGCAGCUGCCACGCUGAAGGAUCGCGGAGGUUACUGGCUAGCUGACGUCAUCAGGAACAAACAAGCGGAUCAAGCCGGCGGGAAGGAUAUUAUAUAUCCUCGGAGAAGGACGGAAGGGCAAGGGAAAGAGGCUACAGAGAAAGUAGUAAUAGUCUCGGUGGAAAGGUGAAAAGAAGACGAUUCGCGGGGUCGAACGACGGCCGACAGUUUAAGGGUGAAAAUCGGAUUCCGAUCGGCCCUCUUUGAUCGCGCUCAAUCAACCGAGUUCCUCCUAAUUAGCUGUCGUUCGAGAGUCUACCAGCUGACGUCGAUCCUCCUUCGAUCCUCGAUCGGUGAACCCUCGGUAAGCACGAUCCCCCGGUGUACCCUCGCGGCGAUGACAACUGCCGUCGAGAUGAAUCUUCCUGCCGGGAUGGCCGACUGAUAUUCCCGGGGAUCGUCCAGUGAAUAGAACAAGAGAGAAUAGAGGAGCAGUUUCAAACAGCGAGAUCCGAAAAACGAUGUUCGACAGGAGCAAGUGAGGAUCCCCCUCUCCUUUUACGCGUGUUACCCUCUUUUUUUCUGUGCUCCAUUCGACCCCACCGAAGAUGGGCCUGCGACACUUGCCGCUCUGCCUGAUAGGCGUCAUCAUCGUCAUCAACGGAUCCGAGGCCGAUUGGAACAAUUGGUGGACCUACGACGGAAUCUCGGGUACUUCAUAUUGGGGACUGAUAAAUCCCCAGUGGUCUCUGUGCAACAAAGGAAGGAGACAGAGCCCCAUCAACAUCGAACCUGACAAGCUCCUCUUCGACCGCCACUUGAGAGCCGUGUCGGUCGACAAACACAAGGUUUCCGGGCAGUUGCACAAUACCGGUCAAGUCCUGCUAUUCAGAGCGGACCGAGAUGCGAAGGUUCAUGUCAAUAUAACGGGUGGACCGUUGGCGUAUCACUAUCAAUUCGAAGAAAUCUAUAUUCACUACGGGAUGGAUAACGAUCACGGCUCGGAGCAUCGUAUCGAUAACUACGCUUUUCCCGCUGAGAUACAAGUAUACGGCUUCAACGCGGAAUUGUAUCACAACAUGAGCGAGGCGCAGCACAAGAGUCAAGGUCUGGUCGCGAUCUCGUUAAUGGUCCAGCUGGGGGAGACGCUGAAUGCGGAAUUGCAGGUGUUAACCAGUGUAUUCAAUAAAGUUAUGUACAAAGGUAGCGCAGCGCCAGUUCGCCAUCUAUCCUUGAAGAAUCUGCUCCCGGACACGGACGGCUACAUGACCUACGAGGGUAGCGCGACUCACCCCGGCUGUUGGGAAACGGCAGUAUGGUUGAUCCUCAACAAACCCAUCUACAUUACCGUGCGAGAACUUUACGCACUAAGGAAAGUAAUGCAAGGUUCGGAGAACGCUCCGAAGGCACCCUUGGGAAACAAUACGAGGCCGCUGCAGGAUCUUAAUCACAGGACUAUACGGACGAACAUCGAUUUCCGCAAGCGGCCGAACGCGAAGUGUCCGACGAUGGUGCAGGACAUGCAUUAUAAAGAUGACUUUUUCUUUCCAGCCAACACGUGGCAGUACGAUGGCACCCUCUCGCAGAACAUCGUCUGAACGGAGGUAACCGGCCGCGGCCCGCCGAUCGCGCACGUUUUCGUUUCCCUCGUUUGUUUCUCUCUCCUCCUGAAAACGCAACGGGCGACGGGGUCGCGUCUGCCGCCGAGACGAAAUCAGAACUCGACGAAACGGCCGAGGAUCGCGAACUGAACGAACGAAACCGGCUUAAAAGCGUGCGGAGGGUCGCGCGCGUGCACAUACGGUUCAGGGAACUCGAUUCGUCCAAUGGCAGCCGCUUUACAUAACGUAAACUAGAGACCAGGUCGUUUCCCCUUGCUCUCCGGUGAUCAGAGGACAAUUUCGCGGGGCAAAGGAAUCAACGAAGGAAGUAAUUCAAUGGAAAAAAGAGAAACAAUGAGAAAAACUGUCGACCAUCGUCAAUGACUUAUUUAGGACACAGAGGAUCGAGCUUUCGUGUGCUCCCAUGUGACGCCAAUUUUCGUUUGAUCUCAUGUAUACAAUAUGAUAUACAAUAAUGAAAACAGGAAGAAAUGAUAAGGAUGCUGUUGAGAAUCACUGGUGAACUAAUUUAGAACACGAGGAAUCCGCUUUAUGUGUUUUAACGUUACGCCGUGUACAACAAUAAGACGAGAAAAGAAAUGAAACAGUUUCUAUCGAAAACUACCAGUGAAUUCAUUUAGAAGACAGAGAAUUAACAGCUUUAUGUGUUCUAACGUAACGUCAAUUUACGUUUGAUCUUAAGUGUUCUAUAAUAUGAUAUACAAUGAUAAAAAUGAAGAAAGGAGAAAUGAAGAAGUUUCUACUGAAAAUUACCGGUGAACUUAUUUAGAAGACAAAGAAUCGACAGCUUUAUGCGUUCCACCUUGACACGAGUUUACGUUUGAUUCGAUGCGGCGUAAACUACGAUACACGAGAUAAUAAAAUAAAGAAAUGAAAACGAGGAACAUUUCCGUUGAGAAUUAAUAAAGGACCGAUACACUUGUCGCGUGUUUCGAGAUGACGCCGAUUUACGGUUGAUCCCGCGCGGCGCCAAGAUGGCGGCGGAAGAUUCACGAGAUGGCGGGGUACGCGACGCGACGAACCGAUUGUCACCGGGAUGAUAAGUGUGUUCCCGAGCGACGGGAAUUUGUAUUUGCCGCGAGAAUGCGUUUAGGAAAUCGUUCCCGUCGUUCCGACGGUCCUAGCCGCGAUCCGUGGAUGAAGUUGCAGCAAACCUACCGUUCAGCGCAAUUUCCAGUAGGAUCUUUGGGAACGUUCAAGGUGGCAAUCUUAUAUUUAACCCUUUGACAUGCAGAAUUUCCAAGGGAAAUCUCGUUUCGACCCUUUUUACGCGUGACAUUUUAAAAUAACAUGUAUGGUUGGAAUAUUCCUACGAACGAUAUUACGAUAUCACUUCGGUUCUUCUUUCGAAUUUAAUUAGUUUGAAACACUGCAUGCAAUCGUAACGUGGUAAUUUCAUUUAUUUAAUCGUAUUUAUAUUCAAUAUACCUCUUGUUUCUUUCGCGUAUUAUACUCAUAUAAUGGGUUAUGCAGUUUGUGCUUCUGUUUCUUAUUGAAUUUUAAUUUAAAUUCAUUUGGAGAACUUCUUUGGGAUAAUAAAAUGCUGGGUGUUGAAUGUGGAUUUUAAGUUGAAUCGGCGAGAACAGUACUCGAGAGUUAAACAACCCUAAAAUAUCUGGAACGAAGACAGUAAUGAAAAGUAAGAAUCAUGAUCCGGGGUAUAAAGGGUUAAGCACCGAAUAAAACCCCCGUGUAAAUGUAUAAAUGAAAGUUUUAGACGCACUGAAUCAUGUUUCGCUGAUGGGUAUACGGUUACCCGAAAAUGUAUGCGCAUGAAGAUUCAUGUUCGCUUUUUAAUUAUCUUGUGUAUACCGUGCCACCGUAAAUUCUUUGAAAGGGCGGUAAUUUAAAAUUGAAAAUGAAUGCGUCGCUACGGAAGAAUACUGCUUUACAAAUUAACAAACUCGAAAGCUAGUGAAAUUCAUCAAAAAAAAAGGGAAUUUCCCACUCAGUGUACGAUAAAAAUUUAUUUCAUUCUCUUUUUAGUAAUGCUUACGUGAUACCGUUCUUCUCGAGAACAGAAUUUUUCUCUAUUAAGAAUCUCUCUAUUGUCUUCGGUUUUCUCGAUGUUUCGGAAAAUCUGGUGUUCACUAAUGAACGCUCUGUGAUCUUCGCUUUUUUUUAUAGAAGAAAGUUGCCAGUAUUAUAAUAUAGUAAUUAACCUCGACUCGCGUUCUUUUCGAUAAUCCUAUCUUCUCUUGUUUUAUGCACCGAGUUCACCGUACGCUGUUCUCAUAGCCCGAAGGCGUAGCAAAGAAUUUUUUUCCAUUUUCGGUACUGUUUAUCCGCCAAGCUUUUCGCAAACAUUCGUACGCGUAUUCAAUUUCCAUAAUGUUUUCUGAAGUUCAUAUUCAACCAGCGUGAACCUCCAAUGAGAAUCCUAUUCUCGACAUUUGGACAGAGAAGCUUCAAAGGGUUAAAUAUAAAUUCAAACAUAAAUUAUAAAGUGAGGUUGCUAAGUUGUAAGUGCGAUUAAGUUUUCAGCAAUACGUUGACUGCUACCUGACAUGCUAGAAGCUUGAAAAUUCCGGAGUACCAUGAACGAAAUGCCAAAUUAAUUGGACAAGUUAAUUGUCAACUAAUCCGGUGGCAGUCAACGAUUACACAUUAAACGAAUCGACGAACUUCAGCGUUCCACUUCUGAAAUAUUCAAUUUUGAACUAAACUACUAAGGAAGUGGGACAACAUCCAUUAAACAGACCGACACGAUUCAAGGUUCACGAAAUUUCACUGAAAUUAUAAAGUAUCGUUGUUCACGAGAAAGCUGUUCAUCUUUAGAACACGUUACUUCGGUAUUCAAUGUCGAAUGCAAAACACGAACACAACUACUUAAUGUUAAUGGAAAAUAUUCUACGAUAUUAUUAAGGAUCGAAAACAAAUUAUAUUUUCGCAAUUGUCCAGGCCAGCAGCUCUCGCAAAGAAUUCAUCAAAGAAAGCACCGUGUCUCAUUUCCACCGUCUGCAUUAGAAUAAUUAGCUCUCUGAAUCGCGCGCGAAAAGAAAAACAAGCGCGUGCCCGGGCAGCGCUCGUUUCGCUUCCUCAAGUAUCAAGAAUCCGCCCCUAGCGCUCCUUGGCAAAACAAUGGUGUCAGAGACGAGGGGAGGAUAGGGGGAAAAAAAUUGUCGAAUUACUUGACAGAUUUUUGUCAAUUAUUUUGUAGCCAAUAUACGUAAAGGAAAACGCUGAAAAAUAUGAAAACGACGAACGAUGACCUGUGACAGUGAAGCCGAACGAUCGAAAUUCAAGCGAAAAGAAAACGAAAAUACAGAAGGGAACUGAAAAGAGAAAUGAAGAAGGGAGAAAUGAGGGCGUCGAUGGUUAUUGAAUGGAAAGAGAAAGAGAAAAGACGAUCGAUUCCCACGAACGGUUCCCAGAAGGACAGAGUGAUUCGAUGGGAAACAGCCCGAGUGUUUAGGGGAUGAAGAAAAGAGUCGACGACGUGGGGGAGAUGAAUAAAUAAAGAAAAAAGAACCGGAAAAUAAACACUGGUGUCCGCUAGACCAACCGAUCGCGAAAAAAUAUUGGGAUUGUUUGUAGCUUAGCCGACGGACGAAUAAUCCAGCGCUUUUGUAUAUAAACACAAGAAAACAAAGAAAACACUAACAGAAACAGUAAAGGAACUACUGCCGAUUAGCCGUAAGCAGAUUGUAAGAGUACAUCUAGGGAGAAAACCGAGCAGAGUGUGUA